AUGGACAUUCAAGAACGCCCACUGAGUCCGUUUGAAGUGGAGAAAGCGAACAGGAUCACAUCAAUCAAGGACUCUUGGGAUAGCCGAGUGUUUCGCAUUGCUGGCAACAAGUUGACAGGAACAUGUGUUUUAAUCAAUGAGCGUCAUGCUUUAACCGUUGCGCAUCUAUCCUUCAAGCUUGAUCAAUCGUACAAAAUUAAAGGAGAUGGAAAUCAAGAGUUUUCUGUCACUUGCGUUUUCAUUUGCAAACAUCUCGAUUUCGCCAUCCUGCAGUCAAAUGAUUUUCCGAUCCUGGAGUUGUCAAUGGGCAGUCUGGGACGAGGCGCUAAAUACUUCAUGAUGGGCUAUCCGAACGGCGUCGAUUCUUCUAAUCCGACUAUCACAAAAGGAACCAUCGAAGGAUAUAUGGACGAUUUUGUUCAUCUAGUCGGAACUGCUAGUUCGAAACGAGGCUACUCGGGCGCUCCAGUCUUCAAUGACUCCGGAAGAUUAGCAGGACUAUUGCUCGGCGGCACAUCUCGAUUAAGUGUCAAUCCGACCAUUCAAGAAUGUCUGGAUUCGUCUGGGGAACAGAAAUACGCGCGCAUCUUAGGAAUUGGGAACAUCGUUCUCCGUCAUAGUCAAGGAAACUCGGACGGCGAAUCC